UCUGGGAGGAGUUUACGCCAAAACAACAUUGAUCUAGUGAAAGGCCAUACAAGAGAGGUUCCUUGCGGAUACUUUGUUUGUUUGUUUGUUUGUUAUGUAAUAAACAUUUUUUAUUUUAUUUCAAUUGCAUUGGACUAAGUUGUCACGUAAAAACUGACGCCCCAGUAACAACUGUCGUAAGUAGCUGACGUGCGCGCGAGCUGUUACUGUUACUGACGUGAUGUAAACUAGACUUUCCUUAACCAGCAGAGCUUUAUCCUGAAUAAAUGCAUGUUUUCGAUGCUGGAAAUGUCAGGAGUAAAUAAAGAGAUCUGGCACCUUUAGUGCAACAAUUCACCAGUAAAUGCGGAAUAGUUUUACCAUCCCUCAAAUGAAGAAGUGGAUCCAGUCAACCAGGAAAAACCAGGUGUAACAGCAGAGAUCUUCAUAGCAUAAUACUGUAAAGUUGUCAUUUAUUAAAGAGGAAGACAUGAGCGAUCCAGAGCCAACGCAAAUAGAAAGCAAAGAUGAUGAUGAGGAACAAAAAGACUCGGCAGAAGUAACAGAGGAAAGUCAAGAACCCAGUGAAGUGGCGUGCAACCAUGAGUCGGACCAUCAGUAUCAGAAACCUACGCAGUUCAUAGCUGGAGAAAAAACGUUCAGUUCGUCACAGGACGUUGACCAGGACAGAACUACGAGAACCGAAGCCAGGCCGUUCACGUGCCUUCAGUGCGGGAAGACUUUCAAACGGGCCACGGAUGUCAAAGGUCACCUGCGCUACCACUCCGGCGAGCGGCCGUUUACCUGCGAUCAGUGCGGGAAGAAAUUCAUCCUGGCGUCGCACUUAAAAACGCACCUGUCGAUUCACUCGAACGAGAAGCCGUUCUUGUGCUCCAUCUGCGGCAAGAGUUUCUCGCGCCUCUGCACUUUCAAAGAUCACGAGAACAUACACACGGGUGUGAGAGAUCACGUGUGCUCCGAGUGCGGCAGCGCCUUCGUCACGGCCAACGCGCUGAAGAUGCACCAGCGGGUUCACACCGGAGAGAAGCCCUACAAGUGUUCGCACUGCGGGAGGAGUUUCAGUCACUCGGGGGCCCUGAAGAGACACGAGCGGGUGCACACGGGGGAAAGGCCGUACCACUGUCCGCUCUGCGGGAGGAGGUUCACACAGUCCAGCAAUCUACUCACCCACGUCAAGAGACACUGUCCCAAGUCACGCUGACCAACGAGGACCCACUGUAAAUAGAGGAAAUCCAGACUGUAAAACCCCAGAUAUGCCAUUAGUCAAGCCAAUGAGGUGACAUCGUUUUAUACUUCUGAUGUUCUUGAUUAUUUCUGAUUAAA